CGCGGCACCAUGGAGUACGCGGGCGCGGAAGCGGACUACUACUACGGGGAGGAGGAGGGCAACGAGACGGGGGAGGCGUGCGAGUGGCAGGCGGACUGGGAGGCGUCCUUCUCGCUGCUGCCCGUGCUCUACAUGCUGGUCUUCGUGCUGGGGCUGUCCGGCAACGGGCUGGUGCUGCUGACGGUGUGGCGCGGCCCGCGGGCCAAGCGCCGCUCCGCCGACGCCUACAUCGGGAACCUGGCGCUGGCCGACCUGGCCUUCGUGGUGACGCUGCCGCUCUGGGCCGCCUACACGGCGCUGCGCUUCCACUGGCCCUUCGGCGCGGCGCUCUGCAAGCUCAGCAGCUACCUGGUGCUGCUCAACAUGUUCGCCUCCGCCUUCUGCCUGGGCGGCCUCAGCGCCGAGCGCUACCGCGCCGUGGCCCGCGCCGCGCCGCCGCCCCGCGCCGCCCCGCGCCGCCCCGCCGCCGCCGCGCUGGGCCCGCUGGCGGCGCUCUGGGCGGCGGCGGCGGCGGCGGCGCUCCCCGCGCUGCUGCUGCGCGAGGCGCGGCGGGGGCCGCGCAACCGCACGCUCUGCGACCUGGAGCUGGGCGGCGCGGCGCGGGCGGCGGCGGCGCUCAGCCUGGGCACCACGGCGCUGGGCUUCGCGGCGCCGCUGCUGCUGAUGGCCGUCUGCUACUGCUGCGUGGGCGCCGCCGUUCGCCGCCACCUGCGCCCGCGGCGCGCCGAGGCGGCGGCGCGGCGGCGGCUGCUGCGGCUCAUCGCCGCGCUGGUGGCCGUCUUCGCCGGCUGCUGGCUGCCCUUCCACCUGCUCAAGAGCCUCUUCGUGCUGGCCGCCGCCGGGCUGCUGGAGCUGCCGUGCGCGCUGCUCGGCCUCAUCUCCCGCCUGCACCCCUACGCUACCUGCCUCGCCUACCUCAACAGCUGCCUCAACCCGCUGCUCUACGCCUUCAUCGACGGGCGGUUCCGCGCCCAGUGCCGCCUGCUGCUGGGGCUGCGUGGGGCGCGCCCCCCGCCCGCCGCCGCCGCCUCCUCCACGCUCAGCGGCCAGACUCAGCGCUCCGAGGUGCCUUCGGGGGGCACCAAGGUGUAG